CUGGCCCCACUUGGGUGGAUGGUAUUCGGUGCGAUAAGCAGCACGGUUCCCUGUGGGAUUGCCCAUCAGAUCCAUGGAAUCAGCAGUCAUGUAACAGAGGACAAGAAACCCACAUCUCUUGUGAAGGUAGGAGAGGGAAACCAUCUCAGAAUCCAUUUGCUGAAUGCCUGAACUCUACGAGCUGCACAGGCCAGGAGAAGUUACGUGUCAUGGGAGGAAACAGAUGCUCGGGCAGAGUGGAGGUUUGGUACCGUGGUUCCUGGGGAACAGUUUGUGAUGACUUCUGGGGCAUGGCAGAUGCUAACGUUGUGUGUAAACAACUGGGCUGUGGACCUGCUGUAUCUGCCCCAGGCGAGGCUGCAUUUGGCAAGGGGACUGGUCCCAUCUGGGUGGAGAAGGUGAACUGCAGAGGAACAGAGUCAUCUCUCUGGGACUGUCCUGCCAUGCCAUGGGGUGAGAGUAACUGUGAUCAUAAGGAAGAUGCUGCUGUGAAUUGCUUGGGUGUGACAGAAACAACAGCUUCACCAGCUACAACAGCUCCCCCACGCCACCCUCUGACUGACAGUGGGACAGUCACAGUGCCUGUUGUCAUCUGCAUUAUCCUGGGAGUCCUUCUCUGUCUGCUGUUAAUCCUUCUGGUUGUGCAGGUGCAGAGGGCCAAGGCACAGCACAGAGGUGUCACAAGACCCUCAGAUCCCGUGUAUGAGGAGAUUGAUUAUAACCUGAUGGGAGAGAAGCAGAUAUUGGGUCACUCAGGGGAUUCAGUCUCCCACACCCCCACCUGGGUUUCUGCUUUAGGUUCCAUCCAGCAAUUUACAGACACAUCAAGUCCUUAA